CUCCUCCUAUCUGACAACCUCCUACUUGUCAUUACUGUGAACAUACUGGACAUUUCAUUGCCAAGUGCAAUGCAUAAAGACAAGAUCAACAAUCUCAAAGACCCAGACAAUCAGAACGAACUUCUCAAAGUUCUUACCAAAACUAUUCUUGUCAAAAUUAUCAUAAUUAAUCUCACUUUCGAA